AUGGAUUCUGAGGAUAAACUUUUACUAAGCAAAGAUCCCACUCCAUUAGAAAGGGAAGUUGCCAAAUGUUUGCUCUAUAUACAAUCGUCUGGCACCGCCGAUUUGAAGGGCGAUGUUAAGAAAAUUGUUGUUUCCUCAUGUAGAGAAGUUGAAGUUGGAGCUCUUAAGAAAAACGCAGUUGUCGUGUUUGUUCCUUACAGAGUUUACCAAAAUCACGUUCGCCGAAUACAUGGAAGGCUCCUCAUUGAACUUGAAAAGAAGACCAAGCGUCAUGUUUUUAUAGUAUCUCAGAGGAAAAUUAUGUCCAAACAGUCAAACAACAAAGCCUUUAGGAAGAGACCUAGAAAUCGUACCCUGACUAGUGUUCACGAAGCUGUUCUUGAGGAUAUCGCAGCUCCCACGGAAAUUGUCGGGAAAGUGACCCGAAUGAGGCAGGAUGGAUCUCGCGUUUUGAAGGUAUUCUUGGACCCCAAGGAUAGGCAAAACGACAAUGUAGAGGAUAAACUUGAAACCCUCUCUGCAGUUUAUAAAAAACUCACUAAUAAAGAGGCCGUUUUUACUUUUAAAAAUGUUACUUGA